GUCUGCGGUAACUAUUUGUUUGGAUAGUUGCAUACUUGAAUCCGCCUUAAACCUUGCUCGCUACUCCACAAAUCAUAUCCAAAAUCACAUAACAUGUCUUCCUUAGACGCUUUCUUGCAAACCAUCAUUGAAUCUCUUGAGUCCACCACAGCCUCGGUUGAAAGAAUCGAAAGUGGCCUUUCUGAAGAGUUGCCCUCAAUUAUCCAGGAAUUACUUAGCAAAAACGGAAUUGACGCUGAUGACAAGCUCGAGGGUGUUUCCUUGUUAUCGUUAAAGAACAGCUCUAUGCUCUCCUACUUGAACAGCUUGGCCAUGAUCAUUUUGUCCCAUUUGGAAAGACUCAAGACCAACGAUACCGAGGAGCUCGAGAAGUCCAGAGCCAAGUCCGUUGAAAACACCAUUGUCCAGAGAGUUACGUUGGAAAGGGGCGUCAAGAGCUUGGAAAAGAGAUUGGUAUACCAGUUGGAUAAGAUGGUCAGAGCUUACACAAGAAUGGAGAAGGAAGAGACCGAUGCCAAGACUCACGCCGAAAAGACUGGAGAUGACGACUCCGAUGAGAGCGACAGUGAAGAUGAUGCUUUGCAGUUUAAGCCGGAUGCUCUUGCAUUGACUGCCUCGAUGAAGCCAGAACCCAAGAACUCCAGAAACAGAAGAAACCGGAAUGCGAGCGAAGAAGGUGACGACAAGGAAUCCACCGAGAAGUAUAAGCCACCAAAAAUCGCGGCCGUUGUUCCACCCUCUUCCGUCACAGAUAUCGACAAGGCGUCCUCCUCUUCCAAGCGAAACAAGAAGUUGCAGUCGAUGGAGGAAUAUCUUUUGGAAACUGGCGAUGCUCCAUUGGCCGAAGCUUCUAUCGGCUCUACAAUCGUCCAGAACGGUAGAGGUGGUGUAAAGACCGCCAGAGAUAAGGCCAAGGAACAGGAGAUCCAAACCUACGAAGAAACCAAUUUUACCAGAUUGCCAUCCACCAUGACCAAGAAGACAUCCAAGCAAAAGUUGAAGGACCUCAAGCAUACUUUUGGUGGCGAAGACUGGAGUAUUUUCAACAGCAACAGAGAGGUUGGCGAGGAAACCUCCAGAAAGAAAAAGCCAACCAACGCCUGGGACAGGGCCAAGAGAAGAAGAACUGAUUAAAUCGGCUUGGUCAAUGACUGAGCUUUGGAGUUUAUACUAUCUAGAAGCCGCCUGUAUAAUAUGAAUUACUUGUACA